CUUUUCAUUUCAUACAUCAGAAGAUUUGAAACAAGGAAGUGCUUUUAACGGAUGGCACCCGCGGCCCGUCUAGAUUCUUCAGUUCCCAAUGAUUCAUCUAUCGUUGGUGUUCCGAAAUCAGGUAAAAAGAACAGCAAGAGCAAACAAAAAUCUGUUGUCUCCAAAAUCAAAGAGGAAGUCAUGGCUGGAGAUAAGCCAAGAAAGAGAAGCUCUUCACAGAGAAGUGGGCAGCCCAAUGGUUCUCGCAAGAUGCCAAAAAGAGCUGCAUCAUGUAAAAGUUUGAAGGAAAAGUCUGUUCACUUACCUGAGAAGGCUUGUCUUAUUGAAGUCAAGAAGGAAGAGGUUGUCGACGAGGAGUUUCUAGCUGUGCGCCUGACUGCUGGGCCUGAUGAUGGUGAAGGUCGCCCUAAUAGGAGGCUCACAGACUUUAUUCUUCAUGAUGAAAAUGGUACAGCAAGACCUCUGGAGAUGCUGGAAGUCAAUGAUCUGUUUAUCUCUGGACUUAUUUUGCCCCUUGAAGAAAGCCUUGAUAAGAAGAAAGAGAAAGGCAUCAGGUGUGAAGGAUUUGGUCGCAUUGAAUCAUGGGACAUCUCUGGUUAUGAAGAUGGCUCUCCUGUGAUCUGGCUUUCUACUGAUGUUGCUGAUUAUGACUGCUUAAAACCUGCCACUUGUUACAAGAAAUUUUAUGAUCCUUUCUAUGAAAAGGCCUGGGCCUGUGUAGAAGUUUACAAAAAGCUAUCAGUAUCAUCGGGUGGGAAUCCUGAUACAAGUUUAGAUGAGUUGCUUGCUGGCAUGGUACGGUCCAUGAGUGGGAGAAAGAGAUUUUCUGAAAUUUAUUCUGUGAGGGAAUUUGUUAUUUCUCAAGGCGAAUUUAUCUAUAACCAACUGAUAGGCUUAGAUAUGACAUCCAAGAAAAAUGAUAGGAUGUUCUUGGAUAUUCCAGUUCUUGCUGCCCUAAGAGAUGAGAGCAAGAAACAAAGAAACCUAAUGCAUGCGCAACCAAUUAAUGGUGCUCUAAAGAUUGAUUCAGGGGUUGGGGAUGGAGAGAAAGAGAUUCAGGCAAGUGCAACCACCGAACUAGCUGAGGAAGAUGAGGAUGUAAAGUUAGCCAGGUUGUUGCAAGAGGAGGAGUAUUGGCAAUCCAUGAAGCAGAGGAAAAACCACAGAUCUGCCUCUGCACCAAGCAAAUUUUACAUUAAAAUUAAUGAAGAUGAGAUUGCGAAUGACUAUCCUCUUCCUGCAUAUUACAAAACCUCUCUUGUAGAAACUGAUGAGUAUAUAGUUUUUGAUAAUGAUUUUACUGAGUAUAACCCUGAGGAUCUUCCUAAAAGCAUGCUAAACAAUUGGUCUCUAUACAAUUCAGAUGCCAGGUUGAUUUCUUUGGAACUUCUUCCUAUGAGACCCUGUUCAGAGAUUGAUGUGACCAUCUUUGGAUCAGGACUUAUGACUGAAGAUGAUGGAAGUGGAUUCAAUCUGGAUACUGAUGUCAGCCAUUCUUCUUCCACGGGGUCGGGGUCACAAGCGGCAGAUGGAAUCCCUAUUUAUCUGAGUGCAAUAAAGGAAUGGAUGAUAGAAUUUGGUUCAUCCAUGAUUUUUAUCUCCAUUCGGACUGAUAUGGCCUGGUAUAGACUAGGCAAGCCAUCCAAGCAGUAUGCUCCUUGGCAUCAAACAAUUCUAAAAACUGCAAGGCUUGCUAUCAGCAUAAUCACCUUGUUGAAGGAGCAGAGCCGAGUAUCACGGCUUUCUUUUGCAGAUGUCAUUAAGGCAGUGUCUGACUUUGGUCAGGAUCAUCGCUCCUACAUUUCAUCUGAUCCAGCAACAGUUGAAAGAUACAUUGUUGUCCAUGGACAGAUAAUUCUGCAACUGUUUGCAGAAUAUCCUGAUGCGAAGAUUAGAAAGUGUGCAUUUAUCAGCGGUCUUAUGAGUAAGAUGGAGGAACGGCGCCACACUAAGUGGUUGGUGAAAACAAAGAAGGUUGUGCCCAGAAGUGAACCAAAUUUGAAUCCUAGAGCAGCAGUGGCUCCUGUUGUGUCAAAGAGGAAAGCCAUGCAGGCUACGACAACAAAACUUAUUAAUAGGAUAUGGGGAGAGUAUUACUCUAAUUAUUUGCCUGAAGAUUCAACUAUGAGUGAACCAAAGGAGGAAGAUGAAGCUGAAGAGCAGGAGGAGGAGCAAGAAGAAAAUGAAGAUGAUGAUAAUAAGGGGGAUGCAUCAUUGCCUUUGGAGGAAACCCAUAAAACCCCUUCAGUGUCAAUACAGACCAAAUAUCUUUCUCUGGAUGGAGAAGUGAGAUGGGAUAAAAAGAGUGAAGGUAAAACAAGUUCUGGCUGUGUCCUAUACAACAGAGCUAUUGUUCAUGGAGAAGAAAUAUCUGUAGGGCAAUUUGUGUCUGUGGAAGUAAAUGAAUUUCCUGACAUCUAUUUGGUUGAGUAUUUGUUUGAAUCAUUGAAAGGAAGAAAAAUGUUUCAUGGAAGAAUGAUGCAGUAUGGAUGUAAGACAGUUCUUGGCAAUGCUGCUAGUGAGAGAGAAUUGUUUUUGACAAAUGAGUGUAAGAAUUUGGAACUGGAAGACAUCAAGCAGAUUUCUGCUGUUGAUAUUCGGAAAAUUCAAUGGGGACACCAACAUCGGAAGGAUAAUAUCUCUGCCGACAAAGUUGAUAGGGCCAGAGCAGAAGAGAGGAAGAAGAAAGGGCUGCCUAUAGAGUAUUAUUGUAAAAGCCUGUAUUGGCCUGAAAGAGGUGCUUUCUUUAGGCUCCCAUCUGAGACUUUGGGUCUAGGCACUGGCAUCUGCCACUCUUGCAAAUUGAAGGAAGCCCAAAAGGAAAAGGAUAAAUUCUCUGUAAACUCAUCCAAGACUGUUUUUCAAUUUCAAGGAACUGAAUAUGCUCUCCAUGAUUAUAUUUUUGCAAAUCCUUAUGAUUUUGAAGACAGAAUAGAGCAGGGAACUAACAAGAGUGGAAGGAACAUAGGUUUGAAAGCAUUUGUUGUGUGCCAAUUGCUGGAGAUUCUUCUGAAAAAGGAAAAAGGGGAACCUGAAGUGAAAUGCACCAAGGUAAAAGUCAGAAGGUUUUUCAGACCUGAGGACAUAUCAAAUGAGAAGGCAUACAGCUCUGAUAUUCGAGAGGUAUAUUACAGUGAAGAAACACAGAUAAUAUCUGUAGAAUCUAUUGAAGGUAAAUGUCAAGUAAGAAAGAAGAAUGAUAUUCCAUCGUGUAGUUCCCCUGGAAUAUUUCAACACAUGUUCUUCUGUGAGCAUUUGUAUGAUCCUGCCACAGGCUCACUCAAGAAGUUGCCAGCACCCAUCAAAUUAAGAUACUCCAAUGGAGAUGCUGGUGAGGAUGCAACCAGGAAGAAGAAGGGAAAGUGCAAAGAGGGAGAGGGUAUUUCAGAAAGAGAUGGGGAAAAAAAGACAUUGAGUGAGAAUCGCCUAGCAACCCUAGACAUUUUUUCUGGCUGUGGUGGUUUAUCAGAGGGAUUGCAGCAGUCAGGAGUUUCAUCAACUAAGUGGGCUAUCGAGUAUGAAGAACCAGCUGGUGAUGCAUUCAAACUCAAUCAUCCUGAAUCAUUGGUGUUUAUCAACAACUGCAAUGUUAUUCUUAGGGCUGUGAUGGAGAAGUGUGGCGAUGCAGAUGAUUGUGUCUCAACCUCUGAGGCUGCAGAAUUAGCUACUAAAUUAGAUGAGGUGGAAAUAAAUAAUUUGCCUAUACCAGGGCAAGUGGAUUUCAUUAAUGGGGGUCCUCCAUGUCAGGGAUUCUCUGGGAUGAACAGGUUCAAUCAGAGUACUUGGAGUAAAGUUCAGUGUGAGAUGAUACUAGCAUUCUUAUCUUUUGCUGAUUAUUUCCGGCCGAGAUAUUUCCUGUUAGAGAAUGUGAGGACCUUUGUGUCUUUCAAUAAUGGACAGACAUUCAAAUUAACCUUAGCUUCGCUUCUUGAGAUGGGGUACCAGGUGAGGUUUGGUAUCUUGGAGGCUGGGGCUUUUGGUGUUUCACAGUCAAGAAAACGGGCCUUUAUAUGGGCAGCCUCCCCGGAGGACAUUCUUCCGGAGUGGCCUGAACCAGUGCACGUUUUUUCAGCUCCAGAGUUGAGAAUCUCUUUAUCAAACAGUGUCCAGUAUGCUGCUGUUCGCAGUACGGCAAAUGGUGCUCCAUUCCGUGCAAUAACUGUUCGAGAUACCAUUGGAGAUCUUCCUCCAGUGGGCAAUGGGGCUUCUAAAGCAAACAUGGAGUAUCAAAGUGAUCCUGUUUCAUGGUUCCAAAAGAAUAUUCGGGGUGAUAUGGCUGUCUUGACUGACCAUAUAUCAAAGGAAAUGAAUGAACUGAAUGUGAUUCGAUGUCAGAAGAUCCCUAAGAGGCCAGGUGCAGAUUGGCGUGAUCUUCCUGAUGAGAAGGUAACAUUGUCUACGGGACAAGUAGCAGAUUUGAUCCCAUGGUGUCUGCCCAACACAGCCAAGAGACACAACCAAUGGAAGGGGCUGUUUGGUCGAUUGGAUUGGGAAGGAAAUUUUCCCACUUCCAUUACAGAUCCUCAACCAAUGGGGAAGGUUGGAAUGUGCUUCCAUCCUGAUCAAGACAGGAUCCUUACUGUUCGAGAGUGUGCCCGAUCCCAAGGUUUCCCAGAUAGCUAUCAAUUUUCUGGAAACAUUCAACACAAGCACAGGCAGAUUGGGAAUGCUGUUCCUCCUCCUUUGGCAUUCGCAUUAGGGAGAAAACUGAAAGAAGCCUUGGAUAGCAAGAAAUCUGAUUAGGGAGAUUUGGAUAACAGUAAUUGAUGUUUUUGGGAUUAAAUGAUGGUCCCAAUCCUUCAAAAUUGUAAAUUAUCGUCAUGGGAUCGUUGUACAGAAACAUGGAAGCUAGUAAUUGGGGGUUCAUUCUUGACUUCGGAAUUGUAGUUAUGAUCUUUAGCAAAGAUGGAAACAUUGAGUCUGUCUUGAGUAAAACUUGCCCAUUGUAUUUUUUUUCCCCCUUAUAUGCCAAUCAGUGCAUGCUCUGCAAA